AUGAUCCUCACCGCUCCGGCGUUAUCGUCGUCGGUGUCCGAGUUGCACGGAAUGACACUUUCCUCGGUCAGCUCGCUUACAAUCAACCCUGAACCGGUUGUUCAGUUCAAUCUGCAAGUCCCGUCGCGGACGUCGCAAACUUUGCAUGAUUCCGGCUUUCUGGCCCUGCAUAUCCUCCCUCCAGUCCAGGAUUCUGUGCGACUCGCAAGAGCGUUCUCCAGAGGAACCCAGGGAGCACACCUCACCAAGCCGUUCGAGGAACUACGGCCCGACGAGUGGCGCUAUUUUGCCGCAAACGGGAUCAAAAUUCCCAUUCUCUCGCUCGCAGAAAGAGUCCUCAUCUGCGAAAAACAUAAAGUGUUCCGCGUAUACAACCACGAGCUAUGGACUUGUGGCGUCAAGGAAAUUGUCGACAACGCGUCGGCCGCCUCGUCAGGAGGCCUCAUCUAUUAUAAUCGCCGGUUCCACACAGUGGGGAACAAGUUAGAACAAUAA